ACAAUCAAGACUUACGCGCUACAUGCGCCGAGUCUUGACACUGUAACUGCGAUACUAGUACGGAUAUCCGUACUCUGGAGAACCACGAGAGCUUGGCCCGGGCGGUCAUCGGGCCACGGCCGUCAAGCGCGCCCCACCAUCCUACCUACGUCAGCCAGGACGAGCAAAGCGACCUAGGCAGUCCAUCCUCACUCAUCAUUCAAUCCAAACCAGAUCCACAACAACCAUCUUGACCUGGAUCGACAAGUUCGAAUAUACGGACCGACAGCUCAUUUUGGUUACAACUCAGCUUGUAUUGGCACCGUGCAAAACCUUCUAGUAACCAAGUACGAGUUGACCGAUUUGCCCCCCGGCGGCGCGCAGCCUGGUCCGCCUGCCGACCCCUCCCGGGCCCGACACCAUGGCCGUCAUCGACCAGGACAAUUUUUCCAACAUCUCGUGGAACAGCGAGCAGAAUCGGGAUUCUGCAGGGCCGAGCACAUCCGCCUCCCACAGAAGCCCGCAGAGCCCAGAGUACUCCAAGAGCAGGCACGAUGGCAACAAGGCGGGGUCGCCCAAGGGGCAUUACGAUGCCAGCCAUGUCGGCGGCGAGAUACUCGAGUGCGUUGUAUCGGACCCACACAAGGAGAAUGACGGCACCAAGGACGCUUAUGUUUCAUAUCUAAUUACGACCACCACCACCUUUCCCGACUUCCAGCGGCCAACGACCUCCGUCCGCCGACGCUUCACCGACUUUGUCUUCCUCUACAAAGUCCUCAUGCGCGACUACCAGGGGUGCGCUGUCCCGCCGCUCCCGGACAAGCAGCGGAUGGAGUACGUCCGGGGGGACCGGUUCGGGCCCGAUUUCACGGCGCGCCGGGCCUACUCGCUACAGCGCUUCCUUUCACGCCUUGCCCUACACCCGACGCUGCGUCGCACGAGCAUCCUCCAUACCUUUCUCGAGAGCCACGACUGGAACGCCACCAUGCGCAGCCGGACUGCGAGGGGCGGUCUUGGUCCCGCCAGCCCGGGGAGUCCCGACCCGGGACAGUCGUCGACACCGGGCGUGUUUGACAGCUUCGCAGACAGCCUCAUGAACGCCUUCACCAAGGUCGUCAAGCCGGACCGGCGCUUCAUCGAGAUCAAGGAAAAGAGCGACAAGCUCGACGAGGAUCUCAACCACGUUGAAAAGGUGGUCGCCCGCGUGGCCCGCCGUGAGGCUGACCUCGAGACGGACCUGAAGGACCUGGCCGAGCAGUUCCAGAAGCUUAUCACGCUCGAGCCGGGCGUCGAAGCCGCCGUGCACGCCUUUGCCGCGUCGGUCGAGGACACGGCCGCGGGGCUCAAGAAGCUCAAAGACCACACAGACCAGGACUACCUGGGCUCGUUGCGCGACAUGGUGGCGUACAGUAGCGCGCUCAAGAGCCUGCUCAAGGCGCGCGAGCAGAAACAGGUCGACUACGAGCAGCUGACCGAGUACCUCAACAAGGCGACGGCCGACCGGGACUCGCUGGCGCACGGGGGCCAUGGGGCCCACGGGGGCUACGGCGGCGGCUACGGCGGCGCGGCGGCGUCGGCGCUGGGCGGGGCCGGGGGUUUCAUACGCUCCAAGCUCGAGGACGUGCGGGGCGUCGACCACGAGCAGGCGCGGCGCGACCGCCAGCGCAAGCUCGAGCUGCGCAUCGACGAGCUCACCAGGGAGGUCGAGUCCGCGCGCAUUGAGGCGGACCAAUUUGCUGAUCAGGUCAUUAGAGAGGUCGACUCGUUUGAGUGGAUCAAGCGCGUCGAGUUCAAGCGCCAGUUUGGUGGGCUCGUUGAUGCCCACAUUGAUUUCUACUCGGGCAUCAUCGACGUCUGGGAGGCCUACGUCAAGGAGAUGGAGAAGGAGGGCGUGGUGCUCCCGGCGUAGGGCGCCAGUGGGCAGGAUCAGGAGGACCCCGAAGGUACUAGUGGUAGUAGUAGCAGGCGGCCGCUCACGCUUGUACCGGAUGGGGAGGAGGACGGGGAGUGGACGCAUGUUGCUGCUUAGGUUGUUUGUAAGUGUCUGGGAGGGAGGAGGACUGCUGGUCUAUGAAGGGUGACCGGUGCUUGAUCAGUCAAAUCAUCUCUCAAAGGGGUGAGGUUCUUUACCCCCCUUCUGUACCUUUAAUCAGGCGCUUGGUUGUUGCUGGUUGGGAGCAUUGCUCUUGAUUGCGCUGGGUUAGAGGGAACCAUCAUAACAAAGCUGGACAGGCUAGUUGAAGAACCCAUCAGUCUUGAAAAGCCGGGAAUUGACUUUGCUUCUCCGAAAUGUCAUGCGUUAUACCUGGCUAGUAUGCACACUAAAAAGCUAGCUGCUAGACAAUAUCCAGAACCUUCAAACAG